AUGGGCUGCCAGCGCCAAAUGGAGAUCACCCGCUGUGGCACCUGCUCAACCCUGUCACUGUUCUUCCACAUCGACAUUGCUCAGUCGACCCCAGGCGAGCACUUGCAUGUCGUGGGUUCGCAUGAGGGUCUUGGUGCAUGGGACCCCGAGAAGGGAGCCCGACUGACGACCAACGAGCGCUCAUAUCCUGUGUGGCGAUCUAGACAGAUCGAGAUGAGAUGUGAACCGGAAGACUCUUCCACAGUGCUGGUGCUCAAGUACAAAUACGUACUUGACCGACGCGAGCUCAAACAGGGCUUCCUGUGGGAGGAAAGCAUCCCCGAUCGCGAGGUGCAGAUACCUUGGUCACAGGACUGUGACUGUGUUUGGCUCAUCAGAGACUCAGCUUUCAAUCGAGAAGGCGUAGCGAAGGUGACAAAGCUGGCCCCAGGAGCAAAGCUCCUGCGCUCUCCGCAGCAAGAACCCAGUGAAGGCCUGAUAUCUGUGCCGGAAGAGACCCCGGAGGCAGAAGAACCAACUGCGACGCCGCUCUUUGACGCCAAGUACUCCUUAGUUGGACGCCGUCCAUUUGCAAAAGGCGGCUUCAGUUCAGUAUGGAGGUGUCGUCGAACAGCUCAAGGCUCAGUGGGUGGAGCCGCAGACGAAUUCGCAGCAAAGCGCAUCGAUUUGGCAGGGCUGCAUGUCAAGGGCAAGCGGUGCAUCUUUGGCCAUGGUGUUCAACCUGGAGAAAUACGCCUACACCAGAACCUUCAUCAUCCGAACAUCGUAGAGUUGAUUGAUUCAUUCCACGAUGACAGCAGCAAGAUGGUUUCUUUGGUGCUGGAAUUCUGCAAAGGCGGAGACUUGUUGGAAGUGAUGUCACGGCAUCGCGAGAAGAACAGCAAAGGACUCAGAGAAUCUGCGACGCGAAGAGCCAUAAAACAUACGUUCCAAGCACUGGCCUACCUUCAUGAGCAAGGCGUUGUGCACAGAGACGUGAAGUGCGAGAACGUGUUCAAAGUUGAGGCACCCAACACCGUCGCCCUUGAGGAUUGCACGUACAAGCUCGGCGAUUUUGGCCUAGCUGCGUGCGUGAUGCCUGACGAGGUGCUGAUGGACCAGGUGGGCUCUCCCUCGACUUCAGCUCCAGAAGUCGUGCGAGGGCGACCCUACGGCAAGCCGGCCGACAUGUGGUCUGCAGGAGCGGCAAUCUACACGCUCCUUGCGGGCAGGAGGCCCUUUGAAGCCUCCAGCUACAUGCAGAUGGUGAGGGUCAUGAGCAAGGUCGAGGUCUCCUUCACUGACGAUGCUUGGUCUCGAACUUCGAAGGCUGCGGUGGACCUCUUGGGCGAACUCUUGCAGGAAGCGCCGGAGAAGCGGCCUUCGUCUGCCAGUGUUCUGAAACAUCCUUGGUGCCAGCGAGAACAUCGUGCCUGCACUACCUCCUGA